AAAGAUAGACAGACGACAAGGUUACUUAACUUUGAAUUCAACCCAAACCAUUAUAAAUAUUGUUACCAAACCUUCCCUUCAAACCAUGGCAAAAUACCUCAUUUAUACAAACCUUACAACAAUUUCCAACCACCAAAAAAAAUGCGAAUCCCCAAUUUGUAUUUCCAAACCCUAAUUUUCCUCCUAGCAUCCGGUUCAGCCAUGCCCCCUCAAAACCCGGUCCAAUGCACCCAGACCGGCUGCACCUUAUCCAAUUCCUACGGCGUUUGGGGCGAUCGCCAGCCCUGCCACGUCACCACCGCCGUCUACCCGACCACCGAAUCGGAGCUCCUCUCCGCCGUGGCCGACGCCAGCAGGAGGAGGCUGAAGGUGAAAUCCGUCUCCAAAUUCUCGCACACGAUCCCGAAGCUCGCGUGCGGGGGUACAAUCCUGAUAAGCACGGAGAGGUACAACUCGAGCAUCGCCGUCGAUCCGGCGAAUUCGGCGGUGACGGCGGACGCCGGCGCCGGGAUCAGGGAGGUGAUCGAUCGGGCGGCGGAGGCGGGGCUGAGCCUGGCGGCGGCGCCGUACUGGGAGGGGGUGAGCGUGGGCGGCGCGAUCAGCACGGGCGCGCACGGGAGCUCGUGGAGGGGGCGCGGCGGCGCGCUGCACGACCACGUGGUGGGGAUUCGGAUGGUGGUGGCGGCGGGGGAGGCGGAGGGAUUCGCGAGAGUGGUGGAUUUGAGAGAGGGAGAUGAGCUCUUUAGUGCGGCCAAAGUGUCGCUGGGAUUGCUUGGAGUCAUUUCUAAGGUAACGUUCUCAUUGGAACCGGCUUUCAAACGAAGCAUCAGGUUUAAUUUCACUAGCGAUGAUGGCAUUGAAGACGAAUUCAUGGACCAUGCCAAUAAAUACGAGUUCGGAGACAUCCAGUGGUACCCAUCGCGACAAAAGGCUGUGUAUCGCUAUGAUGACCGGGUUCCCAUGAGCACACCGGGUGAUGGAGUUAACGAUUUUAUCGGAUUCCAGUCAAAUUUUGCCCUUAUCGCAAAAACAGUUCGAGCAUCAGAAAAAGCUGCAGAGAAAGCUAAAGACGCAAAUGCCAAAUGCAUCCUGGCGUCCUCCUUCGUCGCCUACAAAAAACUAAUGGCCAACGGUUUAAAAAACAACAACCUACUCUUCACCGGCUACCCCGUCGUCGGCCACCAACGCCGCAUGCAGACCUCCGGCUCGUGCCUCUACUCACCCGAGUCCGACAAGACUACCUCCUGCGCGUGGGACCCGCGGAUCAAAGCCCUCUCCUUCUUCGAAUCCACCGCCAUCUUCCCGGCCGCCCAAUUCGCCGCCUUCGUCCGUGACGUCAAGAAGCUCCGCGACCUCGCGGGCCCCGCGAGCUUCUGCGGGGCCGACAUCUACAACGGCUUCCUAUUGCGCUUCGUGAAGAAGUCGGAAGCCUAUUUAGGUCAGCCCGAGGACUCCGUGGUGGUUGACUUUAAUUAUUACCGUGCAGACGAGGCAGGGACGCCUCGUCUGCACGGGGACGUGUGGGAGGAGGUGGAGCAGAUGGCGUUCUUCAAGUACUUGGCAAGACCACAUUGGGGUAAGAAUAGGAAGGUGGGGUUUGUUAGGGUUGGGAGGAAAUAUCCUAAUUUUGGUAGGUUUUUGGAGGCUAGGAAGGGUUUGGAUCCUUUGGGGAUAUUUUCGAGUGAUUGGUCGGAUGAGAUACUAUUUGGGAGAGAGGGUGAGAGAGGGGAUGGUUGUGCACUUGAAGGUUUGUGUGUUUGUUCGGAAGAUAGGCAUUGUAGCCCUAGUGAUGGCUAUUUUUGCCAAAGGGGGCUUGUUUAUAAGGAAGCUAGGGUUUGUAGGUAUUCUAACACUUCUACUACUUGAUUUUAUUGUGGAAUAUGUAUUUUGAUGCAUGAGACUAUAAGAGUCUUACUUUUGGUUGUUUUGUACUAGUUUUUAUAGUUACUCAUUCUAUUCACAUUUCAUUCGCCAA